GUUUGAAAGGGUUAAAAUCUCUCUUUUGUAUCAGGAAGUGAAGCUGAGCAGUCCCGACUACGUGGGCUGUGAUAAAGAGGAGGCUGUGGCCGACUUCCUGAAGAGGAUCGAAUGUUAUAAGUUGACGUACGUCCCGCUGGAUGACAACAAGGACAGGAACCUGUCGUACAUCAAGAUCUUCAACGUGGGCAGCAGGUACCUGGUGAACCGGGUCCAGGACCACAUCCAGAGCAGGAUAGUCUACUACCUCAUGAACAUCCACGUCACGCCCAGGUCCAUCUACCUGUGUCGCCACGGAGAGAGCGAGCUCAACCUCGUGGGCCGCAUCGGGGGAGACUCCGGGCUGUCGCAGCGGGGGGCAAAGGUCAGGAGAGAUCUCAUAUAUGACAUCCUGUUUCUGUGCUCAUGAUGUCCAGAAGUGUCAUUACACCUGAGCGAGCGUCCAAGGAU